AUGAACGAACGUACUCAGCUACCAAUGCCAGAUGUACCUGAUGCUAAAUCACCUUCGUCGCAAGAACUUGAAGAGAUCUGGGCUAGCAAUACUGUUGUCCCAGAGUCUAUCACAGGAUGCGUCCAUGAUUUGAUUACUGAGGUAGCGCAAAGACAACCCGAUGCCCUCGCUGUUUGCGCGUGGGAUGGAGAUUUUACCUAUGCUCAAAUAUCCAGCUUGAGUGAUCAUGUUGCUCAUUAUCUAUGUGAAAUGGGCAAUCCAUCCACAUCGCCAGUUACCCUUCUUUUCCCCAAGUCUCGAUGGACAUCUGUUGCCAUGCUGGGAAUUAUCAAAGCCGGAUGCGCGGCCAUUGCCCUUGAUUCCACUCAUCCAGAUGCAAGACUUCGAUCUAUCAUUAGACAUGCGAAGCCAAAAGCAAUGAUCUGCUGCCCAGAUACUCGAAACAGAGUAUCCCUCUUGUGCGAUUCACCCGUCCUUCAACUAGACGACAGUCUGCUGGAAAUUGUGGGUACCAUAAAACAACAGACGCUUGACUUGCCUGUGGUAUCACCAAAUGACAUAGUCUACAUAUCUUUUACAUCGGGAACUACUGGCGAGCCUAAGGGAGCAUGUAUUAGCCAUGCCAACGUGAGAAGUGCUGUACAUUACCAGGGAAAAGCUCUUGGCUUCCAUCAAGAGUCGCGUGUCUUCGACUUUGCACCUUACUCCUUUGACGUGGCCUGGAGUAAUGUUCUUCACACAUUGUGCGCAGGUGGCUGUCUAUGCGUUGCCAACGAGCAGGAUAUGGUGAAUGACCUGUCGGCUGCGAUCACAGCCUUUGCGGCCAGUCUGAUCAACGUUACUCCCACUGUUCUGCGAACAAUUAGCUCAGUCCCACCGACACUUCAAACUGUUCUUUUGAGUGGAGAAAUGCCGUAUCGAGAAAAUGUGACUCAAUGGGCUGGUCGUGUUCGUCUGCUCAAUACAUAUGGUCCCACCGAGUGUACCUGGAAAUGUACCUUCUCACAGCUCAGUCGCUGCGAGGAGGACCGGCCGGAUAUUGGAAGAGGACUGGGAUUCUGUCUCUGGAUCGUCAACGCCAACGAUAGCAGCCAGCUUGUUCCUCCUGGUUCCCCGGGUGAAUUAUACCUCGAGGGACCCAUGGUUGGCCAAGGGUAUCUUUCCAAUGAAGAAAAAACCAGCGAAGCGUUUAUCGUCAACCCACCGUGGCUUCUGUCUGGGAGCCCUGGUGUACCAGGACGACAAGGCCGUCUAUACAGGACCGGGGACCUAGUCAAGACACGUUCCGAUGGAAACAUCCUGUUUCUGGGGCGGAAGGACGUCUCUCAAUUGAAGAUUAGAGGUCAGCGGAUCGAAAUUGGUGAUGUGGAGCAUCAUGCACGUGCAUGUCUGAAUGAUGCGCUGACUGUCAUUGCUGAUAUUGUGCUCCCUCGGGGAAGCGAGAGUCCACUACUUGCCUUAUUUGUGCAGACAAAGAAUCAAGACCCCAAAGUAGUUAAGCCCGUGAUGAACAAUCUUGUGCGUGACCUAGAGGGUGCGCUGCCAGCAUUUAUGCUUCCAAGCAUCUAUCUCCCAGUCGAAGAGAUACCGGUGGCUGCGACAGGCAAGGUCGACCGGCGACAACUGCGAGAGUUGGGAGUUGGUUUGUCUUUGGAGCAGCUGCUUAAAUUGCAGUCUACCAUCCUAUUGGUUCAAGAAUACCGUGACCCAUCAACUGUUAUGGAGAAGCGGCUUUGUGAGCUCUGGGCGCAUGUGUUAAACAUAACAGCGACUGGAAUUAGCGCCACAGAUAGUUUCCUCCGCCUAGGAGGGGAUUCAGUUGCAGCCAUGCUGUUGGUUGCGGCAGCACGAAAGACCAAUUUAUCCAUCAGGGUAGCAGAUGUGUUCAAGAGUCCAGUGCUGAGUGACCUUGCCCUCAUUAUCAAGGAGGAUUCUUUCUCUUCUGAAGCGAAAGUAAUUACCCCAUUCUCUCUGGUAGACAGUUCUUCGGAUAUUCAAAGAAUGCGCGAGGAGGCUGCUAGGCUCUGCAAUAUUGAAUCGGCUCAAGUUGAAGAUAUAUAUCCGUGCACCGCACUCCAACAGGGCAUGCUCUCCAUCACAGCACGAAGUGAGACAACUAACGUUGCACGGACACUAUUUGAGCUUCCCAGUCACAUAGAUCUCUCCCGGUUAGAAACGGCAUGGUUAAGUACCGUUCAUCACGCAUCAAUCCUGCGAACACAGAUCAUCGACCUGACCGACAAUGGUCUGGUUCAAGUUGUUGUCGACUCCCCCAUCAUGUUAGAUCGAUACGGGAGUAUCGCAGACUUCAUCAAAGACUCCAUUCCGAUGGGAUUGGGGGUUCCUUUGUGCCGUGCCGGUCUGAUUUCUGGAGAGUUCCCCAGUCUGAUCAUAGAAAUGCACCAUUCAAUCUUCGAUGGCUGGUCCACCAAGCUGAUAUUGAAUGCCAUUGAAGCUGAAUACUAUGAGAGGGCGAUUCCCUCUUCCAUCCUGCCCUUUAAAUCAUUUGCAAAAUACACAAAAGGGAUAAACAAGCAAAUUUCGUCGCUCUAUUGGAAAACCUACCUGGACGGAGGGUCUGAAACGAAAACUUUUCCGUCUCCUGGGUAUCGGCCGGGGGUAAAGCUUGAUUUCAACUAUAAUGUCUCUGAAAUGCCAUGGGCACACUCGGGGACCACACCAUCAUCGGUCGUUAGGGCAGCAUUAGCCCUAUUACUAGCCUCAUACACCAAUUCAAACGAUGUCAGGUACGGUGCCACGAUCAGCGGGCGACAAGCUACUGUGGACGGUAUCGAGCGAAUUGCAGGGCCGACAAUUGCGACUGUACCAGUCCGCGCUAAAUUUGACUGGAAUCAAACAGUUGAGAGCUGGCUCGAACAGGUUCAAAGACAGGCAGUGGAGGCCACUGAGCACGAACAGCUAGGGUUACAGCAGAUUGCUGGAUUGGUUGAGAAUUCCAACCUUUUCCAGCUGCUCCUAGUUGUCCAACCGGCUCAGCAGGCAAAUAGCAAUAAGGUUGACGGUCUUUUCAACCGGGCGAGUAGUGUUGUUAGCAGCUCUGAUCAAACCGGCAGUUUGAAAAUAGUGUGCAAGGAUGGAGAAGCGGAUACUGUGGGCAUGUUCAACCCAUAUGCGAUUAUGAUUAUCUGCCAAUUGCAUGAGUCUGGGGUUGAACUGAAGAUCACCUUUGAUUCUGGUGCCAUUGAAGCCAAACAGGUCGAGAGAAUGUCAAUACAACUUGAACAUUUGCUGCGACAACUGUGCUCAGAGGAGGUCAUUCAGAUGAACCUACGUGAUAUCACUGCUCUCACUAAGAACGACUUGGCUGAUAUUUGGACAUGGAAUGCAGCAAAGUCGGAGCCCGAGUUUGAAUCUGUCACCGAUUGCUUUUGUCGGCAAAGCGAUGCAAAACCAGAUGCAGUUUCUAUAUCCGCGUGGGAUCAUCAGUUAACAGCAAGGCAGGUGCAGGUCUGGUCUGUAACGCUGGCUGAUCGACUUCUCUAUGAAGGUGUGCUUCCUGGGUCGAUCAUUAUCCUGGCCUUUGAGAAAAAUGCUUGGCAGGCAGUUAUGAUGCUUGCGGCUCUCAGAGUUGGUGCAACUGUUCUACCGAUGUCUGUACCAGUUUCAAAAACUCGAGCCCUACAGAUUGUUGAGAAUUUGCAGCCCCAGAUUGCUGUUACCUCUACGUCGUCUGAUUUAUCUUCCUUCCACGAGUUGCUCCCAGUCCUUAAUAUUGCCAACCUCAUCAUGCCAGAGAGCAAAGGCUCCAAUGCUGUUGUCAAAUCUUCACCAUAUUGCCAUCUGCCUAGUGAUCCGGCUCUUCUUCUGUUUACUUCAGGAUCUACAGGAACACCAAAGGCCAUUGCGUGGAGCCACAGCGUCUUAUCAACGAACAUUCAGGCCGCUAUUGCGACAUUUGGACUGACUGAUAGGAGCCGAGUCUUCCAAUUUGCCGGUUAUGACUUUGAUGUGAGCACAGUAGAGAGUUUGGCUACCUUGCUUGCUGGUGCUUGUUUAUGCAUCCCAUCAGAGACAGACCGAAAGAACCGACUUGCGGACUCAAUCAACAGUUACAGAGCCAAUUGGAUGUGUCUGACCCCGUCUGUAUCGGAGACCAUGAUCCCAGGUGAUUUGCCAUCUCUGCAAACAGUGGUUUUUGCAGGUGAGAAACUUGAGCACAAGACUGCUCGUCGAUGGCUUGACACGCAGAAAACUGUACAUAACUGGUACGGGCCAGCAGAAGCCUCAGUGGCUACUUCGUGCCUUGUGAAUCAUGACAGUUGGCGUCCAGGUAUGAUUGGGCAAUGUUGUGCUGGGCUAGCGUGGCUUGUCGAUCCCAAAGACCCAAACCUACUGGCUCCAGUGGGAGCAGUGGCCGAGUUGUGUAUGGAGGGCUCUAUGCUGGCUCAGUAUUCUGGAGCCAAUGGCGCCGCGUUGAACAAAGAGAGCUUUAUUUCUCCAUCGUGGCUGCAGGAUGGCCACUGGAAGAGCCCUGGUCGACCAGGUCCAGUCUAUCGUACUGGGGAUCUGGUUACCUACGACUCGGAUGGUCGUAUAAUCUACCUUGGCCGCCUACAAGAUUCUCAGCGAAAGAUCAGAGGACAAAGGAUUGACCUAGGAGAGAUAGAGCGGUGCAUCCAAGACUUCUUGACUGGUUUCCUAGAGACAAUGGUUGUUGCCGAGAUAUUUUCCCCGGCUUGCGGUGACAACGAUACUUUGGCUCUUUUUGUCAGUCCCGCCGAUGCCGCUGACUGGGCGGAUCCCCAAACAUAUAUUCAAAGUACAUGGCCGGCCGAUGAUCUGGAAAACCAUCUUGCCAGCAUUCUCCCAUCUUAUAUGAUCCCCAGGAUCUACAUACCGCUCAGUGAAUUUCCUAUUGGUCCGACCGGAAAGACAGAUAGGCGGCAAUUGCGAGAGAUUGGGGGGUCACUCACGUUGGCGCAAUUGGCAGAAAUUCAACCAACCCGAAGGCAAGCCAGAAAGGUGACCACGGAGAACGAGAAACUAUUACAGCAAAUGUGGGCUCAUGUCCUAGGGGUUGAGCCGGAUGUCAUCUACGCGACUGACCACUUUCUUCGCUUGGGAGGAGACUCAAUCAGCGCCAUGCGCCUUGUUGGAAUGGUUCGUAGCCAGGGAUUCUCCCUCACUGUUGCUGAUGUGUUUGAUAUCCCCGAGCUAGAGAAGAUGGUUGAGAAAAUGGUCCACGGUGAAGGUCACUCGGAUAUGCAAGAUAUUCCAGCAUUCUCCCUUUUACCCCUGGGAGUGGAGGAGUCACACUGUCGAUCAUAUGCUGCUCAAAUCUGUUCAGUCUCGCAAGACCAAGUUCUUGAUGUCUACCCCUGUACAGCACUUCAAGAGGGAUUGCUUGCGCUUGGGGCCAGAAGACAAGGACAAUAUGUGUCUCGUAGUGUAUUGCCACUUCAAAUUGAUAUUGAUCCACACCGACUCAAAAUUGCCUGGGAAAAGACAAUCGCCAAAUUGUCUAUUAUGAGGACCCGAAUCAUGGAUCUUCCGGGCAAAGGGCUUGUGCAGGUCGUCCUCAAUGACACACCCUGGAGAUCUGGUCAAAACAUCCAGCAGUACUUGCACGACGAUGAGGCGGAGCCGAUGGGGCUAGGGACCCAGCUCUGUCGUGCAUCCAUCAUCAAUGGCACGUUCAUUUUCACAAUUCACCACUGCUUGUAUGAUGGCAGUUCACUGCCCAUGAUUCUCGAAGAACUCCAGGCACAGUACUACGAUCAGCCGGGCAGGACAGUCACUGGAGUGGAGCAUUUCAUUUCCCAUUUGAGCCAGAUAAAUACCCAGGAAUCGAACGAUUUCUGGAAGAUUCAGCUGUCUCGCGCUGAAUUCCGUUCAUUCCCCGUUCUGCCAUCUACCGCGUAUAAGCCACAAGCCAGUGGCUUUAUGGAGCAUCCGGUUGCUCUAGAAUGGCCUUCCAAGGGAGCAACCCCAUCCACAAUUCUCCGUGCGGCGUGGGCGGUCCUCGCCUCACAGUAUGUAGCCUCCAACGAUGUCAUCUUUGGAGUAACAGUGAGUGGAAGACAGGCAAAUGUAAACGGCAUGGAAAACUGUGUUGCGCCAACUAUCGCAACGGUUCCAAUUGCAGUAUCAAUUGAUUGGGAGAAUACGGUGGAGACGUUCCUUCAAGGCCUCCAAAGACAGGGUUUGGAUAUCAUGCCUUAUGAGCAAUACGGUUUGCCAAACAUUCAACGAGCCAACGGAGAUCGCAAUGCCGGUUUGUUCCAGACUUUGUUGGUUGUCCAGCCAAUAGCUACAGGGAACAGUCUGCAUGAGGAUAGCCGGCUGUUUAAGGCGCGUAGCUUCGCCUCCAGUUUGAGCACCAUGGGGAUCGAUCCUUUCAAUAUUUAUGGCUUAAUGGUCAUCUUUCAGCUUACUACCUCGGGUAUUGACAUUCAAAUGAGCUUUGACCCAAAGAUCAUCGACAAGCGGCAGGUUAAGCAAAUUGUCUGUCAGCUAGAAGGAAUAAUUCGCCAGUUGUGUACAAAGUCCCCCGACCGGAUGACACUGAAAAACAUCCAGACAGCAAGCGAACUCGACCUGGAACGCUUCUGGGCCCAGAAUGCGGAAUUACCCCCGGAUCCCAGCAUGUUUGUACAUGACAAGAUUACUCUAUGUGCCAAAGCGAACCCCGAGGCUAUCGCCAUUGAUGCAUGGGACGGUCAGUUCACAUACGGCGAGCUGGAUCAAAUCUCAACCGUUGUCGCACACAAGUUGAUUCUGCAUCUGGGGGUUAAGAAAGGGUCUACUGUGCCCUUGUGCUUUGUCAAGUCUCGGUACAUGCCACUCGCUCAGGUAGCCGUUUGGAAAGCUGGCGCAGUGACCUUGUUACAAUCGGCAGACAUGCCAGAGCAGAGAAUGAGUCGUACUUUCCAGCACCUUGGUGUUGAAGUUGCCCUGGCUUCACCCGAACGCUUGGCGACAGUCUCGAAGUACGCUCGCUGUAUCACCAUGGAGCAAAUUUUGGAUACUCCGUUUGAAGAAAUUCUCACGCCAUUCCCAAUCCUGGACAUGGAUAGCCCGGCCUCAAUUCUGACAUCCUCUGGCAGCACCGGCGAACCAAAACAUGUUCUCUGGAGCCACCGAGCCCUGGCCGCAAACGCAGAGGAACUGACACUGCGCUUGUCAGUAAACCCUUCUUCACGAAUCUUCCAAUUCUCAUCAUACGAUUUCGAUGUCGCUACCCUGGAAACGAUCAUUGGGUUAACUCACACAGCUUGUCUCUGUAUUCCGUCAGAAGCACAGCGCCUCGACGGUAUUGCGGCUGCAAUUAAUCACUUCGGGGCAAACUGGGCUUUUAUCACCCCUUCCACUUCCCGGCUGCUGCGCCCGCAAGAUGUACCAGGUCUAUCUACUAUCGUGAUGGGGGGUGAGAACGUGUUGCAGAGCGAUGUUGAAAGGUGGAAAGGGCACUGUGCUGUCCGUAAUUGGUAUGGGCCUGCAGAAUUCCCCGCAGUUACCGUCUACCCGGCCGAUGAACCCAAUUGGUCCAGCAGUGUGAUUGCGCACAUUGACACUUGCCGCUGCUGGCUUGUCGAUCCUCAAAAUUGCCACAGACUUGUUCCAUUUGGUGCAAUCGGUGAGAUAGUGGUGCAAGGACCUGCACUUGCCAGUGGCUAUGUUGGAAAUUCGUCUCUCACAAAUAAGCACUUCUACCAAAAUCCUACAUUCCUCUCUCGAGGCCUCGGGGCAGCUCGCCCAGGAAGGCAAGGUUGUGUCUACCGAACAGGGGAUUUGGCACGAUAUGACUCCGACGGCUAUCUGGUGUUCUUGGGACGAAAGGAUGCCCAGCUCAAAGUACUUGGUCAACUAGUGGUGCCCAAGGAGGUCGAGGCCCAGAUUCAACAAUGUCUCAAUCGGCCAGGUGGGCACACUGAGGUCAUCGUCGAUACUAUUUUACCCCCAGGUGGAGGCGGAGUCAUACUUGUGGGAUUCAUCGUCACCCAAGAGGAUAUCGACCAGCUAACCAUCGGCCUUAGCCAGAAGCUUCAGGCAGUUCUUCCUCGCUAUGCAGUUCCCUCGUGGUAUAUCGCGCUUUCGAGUGUUCCUUUGACUACAAACGGGAAACGAGAUCGGAGACGGCUGCUUGAGAUUGCUGCGUCGUCCACGCCAUCCAGCCAAGGAUCCACAGGUCGACUACCAGUUACGACUGCUGAGAUUACGUUAGCGAGGCUGUGGUCUCUUACUCUAGGAACGGAGCUGGAGACAAUUUCAGCCACUGACAGUUUCUUGCAGGUUGGAAACUCUAUUGAUGCCAUGCGGUUGGUAGGUACAGCUCGCCAACAUGGCUUGUUGCUCACUGUCGCCGGGGUGAUGGAAUUCCCUAUCCUAGCAGAGAUGGCCAAUCUGCUGCAAAACCUUGAUGAUGCACCAGAUGACAGCAUUGAACCUUUCACGCUGCUGGAUCCUGGCCGAGACCAGAAGCUCGCCCGCCGCCAGGCAGCAUCCGCCUGUACUGUCAAUGAGACCGAUAUCGAAGAUUUAUUCCCUUGCACUUCUCUUCAGACAGGUCUGCUUGCUUUGUCAAUCAAGUCCCGAGGGGAUUAUACCGGCCGCAAUGUGCAGGAGCUAGGGCCUUCGAUAGAUGUUGAUCGCUUCAAACACGCUUGGGAAGAGCUGGUACUCACUGUGCCUAUCCUCCGCACACGAAUCGUCGAUAUCCCUGGCCAUGGAUUUGUUCAAGCCGUGAUCCGAGAAAAGACUGCUUGGAGCGAGGCCGGAAGCGUACAGGAAUACCUGGACCAGGACCGUCGGUAUCCUAUGGGGUUGGGUACCUCUCUCAUGCGCUGUGGACUGUUUUCAUGCAAAUCAACUGAUGAAAAAUCCGAUGAUUCCGGCCCAGUGCGCUGGUAUUUUGCACUGACUAUGCAUCAUUCGAUAUAUGAUGGGCCAGCUUCGGCCAUGAUAAUGGGCACGCUGAAGAGCCUUUAUUACGGGGAAACACCUCUUCGACUAAUUCCCUUCCAGGCCUUUGUCAAGUAUGUCUGCAGUCAGAAUAAGGAAGCUGGAGCUGAGUUUUGGAAGACACAAUUUGAAGGCUGUGAAGCUUCGCAGUUUCCACUUCUUCCCUCAGCUAGUUACCAGCCAAGAACAGAAUCCACUCAAACUGUUGUUAUCGAUGAUGUUAAAUGGCGCACAGAUGGGUUUACUCCUUCUACCAUCAUCCGUUCAGCAUUUAGCCUCGUAUGCAGCCAAUACGCAAUCUCGUCUGAUGUGGUGUUUGGCACAGUUGUCAUGGGACGCAAAGCACCCAUUCAGGGCACGGAGAGGAUUGCAGGUCCAACCAUUGCCACAGUUCCUGUGCGUGUGCAAAUAAAAAGCGACGCGACUAUUCCGCAGUUUCUCCAAUCUAUCCAGGACCAAGAGCGAGAGAUGGUCCCUCAUGAGCAAACAGGAUUGUCAAACAUCCGGCAAGUUAGCACUCCGGCAGAAGAGGCUUGUCGCUUCCAAACCUUACUCGUGAUCCAACCACCCGAGCAGGCUAUGGAUGAUACUGGCUUAUUUUGCUUCCGGUCUGCUGAAGAAUACGAGGCCACCCGGUACCAUAGCUUUAGCUCUUAUGCGUUAUCGGUAGUGUGCAACUUGGAGCCAGGUCGAGUGAAGGUCGAAUUUUGCUAUGAUUCUGCCAUUGUCCAGUCAGAAACUAUUCAAACCAUGGCAGCACACCUGGAUCAGGCCCUUCGGAGCAUGUGCACACAAAGAUUGCCCCAAUCCACACUGGGGGCUGUAAAUAUGAUGACAGAGUCCCAUUUAAAUGACAUUUGGACCUGGAACGCAAAGGUGCCUGCCGCUAUAAAUGCAUGCAUGCAUGAUCUGAUCAGGGAAGUCGCGCAACGCCAGCCUGACGCAGUGGCCAUCUGUGCGUGGGAUGGUAGCUUGACGUAUGUUGAGCUAGACCAGCUGUCAACCAAGCUCGCCAAUUACCUGGUCCGGAUGGGGGUAAAAAGGAACAUGAUCGUGCCUCUUUGCUUUGAGAAAAGCAUGUACGCCAUGCUCGCCGUCCUUAGCGUCAUAAAAGCAGGCGGUGCCACCCUUCUCCUAGAUCCAUCUUUGCCAGAUUCUCGUCUUGAUGGUAUAUUGCAACAGGUAAACCCCACUGUUCUACUUUCAUCGAUCUCCCAGGAACAACGCUGUUUCCGAUGGGUCGCUCACCCAGUGGUCCUGGGAGAAAGAUCCACGUUUCCCGAGGCCGAUGUGGUGAAUGGGGCCGCCGAAAGUCAUAAUCCACCAUCUAUAUCUCCAGACGAUCUUUUAUACACCGUCUUUACGAGUGGUAGCACCGGAACCCCCAAAGGAUGCCUCAUGCAUCACCAACAAUUCACCAGUGCAGUCAUACACCAGAAAUCCACGCUUGAAAUGAGUCCAACGACACGCCUAUACGAUUUCUCUUCGUAUUCAUUUGAUGCAGUCUACUGGUGCCUCUUUCAUGUAUGGAACGCCGGAGGCACGCUAUGUAUCCCUAGCGAAGAUGAACGGAAAAGCAAUCUGACUGAGAGUGUGCGCCGGUUUGACACCACGCAUAUUUUCCUAACUCCCUCUACUGCGCGGUGGAUAGACCCGCAGCGUACUCCUACCCUGCGCUAUCUCUUUCUCGGGGGUGAGGCAGUUUUGCCAGAGGACCUCGCACGAUGGUCCCCAUCUGUUAACACAUAUGAGGUAUAUGGACCUUCAGAAUGCUCUGCUAUCACCCUUUAUCAUCGAGUACCUAAGACGGCAGCCGCUGCAGUGCACUCUAUCGGGAAAGGUAUUGGAGUUUUGACAUGGGUAGUGGACCCAGGGAAUCAAGACCGACUAGCACCUCUUGGAACGGUAGGUGAGCUGUAUCUCGAGGGACCUCUAGUGGGACAGGGUUACUUCCAGAAUGAAGAAAAGACAGCAGCCGCCUUCAUCGAGAAUCCGUACUGGUUAGGUCAGGGCUCUCCUGAUGGAACAAUUCCAGGACGUCGUGGUCGAAUGUAUAAGACUGGCGACCUUGUCAAGUAUCAUCCACUCACGGGAAAUCUCGCGUUCGUGGGACGAAAGGACACGCAGGUCAAACUAAGAGGCCAACGCAUCGAGCUUGCAGAUGUUGAGCACCAUGUGAUGCAGUGCCUAAUGGAUCGAUCAUCUUCGGGGACUGCGCCGACGGCAGUAGCAGAGGUCGUAGAGCCAGUAGCCACAGGCAGGCCAAUGCUUGCCGUUUUUAUCGACUGCAAGCAAGCACAGUUGGCCGGCUUGUUGCCCUAUCUCGAAGCUGAGUUGCCGAGCCGGGUUCCGUCCUAUAUGGUACCAGCAACUUAUAUUGCAACUCCGUCUAUGCCGAUGGCAGCAAGUGGUAAGACAGACCGACGACGGUUGCGCGAGAUGGGUUCCAGUUUGACUCUAGAAUUCUUGACACGCAGCGAUGCCCCUGUAACUAUGUUGGACCCCAGCACAGCCUCUGAGUGUCACCUACAAGCCUUGUGGGUCGAAGUCCUUGGUGUACCUGCUGAGAAGAUUGGGGCAGAAAGUAGCUUCGUUCGUCUAGGCGGCGACUCAAUCUCGGCGAUGCGGUUGGCCUCUUUGGCUCGUAUGCAAGGGCUGGAGUUGUCGGUUCAUACUAUUCUCACCACACCUCGAUUGUCGGAGAUGGCACAGUCAAUGUCUGUUUCGAUUUUGAAAGACGUCAGCGAGAUAGAAUUUGUCAGCCCCUUCUCUCUCCUCAAACAUCCCUCGGAACAAAACAUUAUCUCGGAUGAGUUCGCGAGACAAUGCCACAUCCAGGUCAGCCAAAUUGAAGACAUCUUCCCUUGUACGGGUGUCCAAAAGUCGCUGCUCUCGAUGACCGCAAAACGCGCCAACUCGUAUGUCGCUCGACUCUUGCUCAAAUUGAAGGAGAAUAUCGAUGAGUCGCGCCUGAGGAAUGCCUGGGAAAUGGUGAGUAGAGCUUCUGCGCCCAUCCUUCGUUCACGAAUUGUGGACUGUAAAAGCAACGGACUCGUGCAAGGCAUCGUGAAUGAGCCUCUGCACUGGGAUGUCACUCAACCGCUGCAGCAAUAUCUCCAAAAAUACAAAACCAGGCCAAUGGGUCUAGGCACCCCUUUGACUCGGCUUGCCAUUGUGGAAGACGAAUGCAGCCAGGAGAGGUAUUGCCUGCUCACUCAGCAUCAUGCGUUAUAUGAUGGGUACUCAUUGAACCUUCUCGUGGACGAGGUUUCUAAGGCUUAUGAUGGUAUCCUUGAUGAUCAUCCCCCUGUGGCAUCAUUCCAGGCUUUCAUCAAGCACGUCAUGGAGGUUGAUACCGAGAAGGCAGAGGACUUUUGGGGUCGUCAAUUUGCAAAUUUCGAGGCAAUCCCCUUCCCAGAAUUACCUCACGCGGAUCAUCAACCCAAAGCGGAUAGCACAGUACGACGUAAUUUGGAGGCAUUCCAGUGGCCAAAGCGAGAUGUCACUCCAUCGACCAUCAUUCGUGCAUCAUGGGCCAUCCUCACCGCGCGGUACAUGGACUCGGACGAUGUGGUUUUCGGCGCCAUGGUUACGGGCCGACAAGCUCCCCUCCGAGGUCUGGACCGCAUGGUCGCACCUCUUAUAAAUGCUGUUCCUGUCCGAGUCAAACUUGACUUCCAAGAAUCAGUCGAUAGUCUGCUCACUAGCAUCCAAAAGCAGUCCAUCGACAUGAUUGCCUAUGAACAGACUGAGCUGCUCACAAUUCGGCACAUUGAUACAAAUACAGAUCGCGGGAGCCGAUUUAAUACUCUUCUCGUUGUUCAGCCUGCAAGUCAAGUCCAGUCUGUCGACCAUCAUAGUGGCCCCUACAAGAAUCCUAGGGAACUAGUCUCCGCAACUCAAGAUCUGGAUGAUUCCAAUCCAAAUGCUAUCAUGAUCAUGUGCCAACUUACGAACACGAAUGGCCUGAACCUUGAGUUUAGCUUCGAUUCUAGAGUGGUGGAUGUAGCUCAGAUGGAACGAAUUGCCUCGCAAUUCGAGCACGUUUUGCGCCAAGUAUGUAUGGCCACGACCCAGCCUGUGGAUCACAUUGAGACUCUGAGUGGUGGCGAUCUAGCAGAACUGUGGCAGUGGAACUCAUCUAUCCCUCUACCAAUUUCUGAAUGCGUGCACAGCUUGAUUACUACAACUGCUCAGAAUUAUGGAGACCACUCAGCUAUCUGCGCCUGGGACGGCCAUUUAUCGUAUUUCGAGCUGGAUCAACUUUCAAAUCGGUUGGCGUCGCACUUGGUGGCCUUUGGUGUUGGUCCCGGUACCAUCGUUCCACUUUGCUUUGAGAAGUCCAUGUGGCAUCCAGUAGCAGCUCUUGGGGUGAUAAAGUCGGGUGCUGCGUGUCUCUCAAUGGACUCAACUCAACCAGAGUCCCGACUACAAUCCAUUGUCAGCCAAGUCAAUCCUCUGGUUGUCUUGGCAUCAGCCAAAACUGGCAAAUUGGCAGGUCAUUUAUCUGACGCCAAGGUCAUGAUUAUUGACCAAAAUUACCUUGACUUGGUAGCUACAGAUAUUCCCACCCCGCCUUUGCCCACAGUUCACCCAUCCAAUGUGCUAUACGUCGUGUUCACCAGCGGCUCCACAGGAACACCUAAAGGUGUCGUGACUACACAUCAGAAUUUUUCAUCUGCUGCAGUGCAUCAGGCAGAGAUGCUGCGUAUUCAACCAGGCACCCGUGUAUUCGACUUUGUCUCUUACAGUUUUGACGUAUCAUGGUCCAAUACCCUUCAGACAUUGAUCCGUGGAGGCUGCCUGUGUAUUCCUAACGAGUUUGAGAGACGAAACGACAUUGCGGGGGCCUUCAAUCGCAUGAAUUGCAACUACUCCUACUUCACCCCUUCGGUAGUGCAGUCCUUGGAUCCACCAAGCAUGCCUGGACUCAAAACUUUAGCCAUGGGGGGCGAACCUAUUCCCACCACCGAGGUUGCUCGAUGGAAGCAGGCUGAGGCUGUGAUUGGAAUAUACGGUCCGGCUGAGUGUGCACAGGCCCUCACGUUCACACUUCUCCAACCAAACGGACGCAACAAUCAUGUAGGGUACUCAUAUGGGGCCCGGACAUGGCUGGUGCAACCAGGCCGUCCCGAUCGACUCGCCGCUAUUGGCGCCAUGGGAGAGCUUUUCAUUGAGGGUCCCACAGUCAGUCAAGGCUACUUUGGUGACUCUGAUAAGACUGCCGCUGCGUAUAUCCAGAACCCAUCCUGGUUGCUGCAAGGUGCACCAACCCUUCCUGGCCGUCAGGCCACCUUAUACAAGACGGGUGAUCUGCUUCGAUACAACUCAGAUGGGUCGCUAGAUUUCCUUGGUCGUAAGGAUGGUAUGGUUAAGCUGCGGGGCCAACGAAUUGAGCUAGCCGAAGUAGAAUACCAUAUCCGUGCUAACUUGCGUGAUCCUGAUCUAUGCGAUGGCCUUGCGGCAGAGAUUAUUAUCCCUAACAACAGCAGUCCCAUUCUCGCCGUCUUUGUUGCCAUAUCUCCCCCUGGAGAGACACAAUCCGAGGAAGACAAUUCAUCGAGGUUGGCGCGCUUCAUCGACGGUUUGGAGGAUAGACUUUCCAAUUCUCUACCGCAAUACAUGAUUCCUGGCGCCUAUAUCCCCAUUGAAAAGAUUCCAAUGACUACCACGGACAAAACGGAUAGAAAAGCUCUACGGCAGCUGGGGGCCUUUCAGACUUUAGAGACGUUGGCAAAGCUGCAGUCCCACGGGAGCAGCCAUCGUGCGCCCACUACGGUCAUGGAAAAGAAACUGCAAGUACUAUGGUCGGUGGUUCUUGGGAUGGAUUCAAACAUUAUCAAUUCCGACAGCAACUUCCUCAGAAUUGGUGGAGAGUCCAUCGCAGCCAUGCGACUGGUGGCAGCGGCCCGAAAUGAGAAGCUCUCGCUCACAGUCGCAGAUAUUUUCAACGCACCACGGCUCUCUCAACUCGCCCUUUUAGUGCAGGAAAUUAUUAUGGAGGAGAAUUUGCCAUCGUUACAACCCUUCGCAUUGCUCGAUACGAAUGACCCAAAGCCCUUCCUCGCUGAUUUUGUCGAUCCGCUUCUUGACCCAGGGGCUGGGACCGUUCUUGAUGUGCUUCCUUGCACCGACUUCCAAACCUGCGCAAUUUUAGAUGCUUUCCAAGACCCGCCCAGCCGAUUGCCGCAUUGGAUCUUUGAUCUUCCGGCAGAUGUUGACUUCUCACGGUUAGAAUGGUCCUGCCGAAGGCUAGUAGACCACCACGACAUCCUUCGUACGGUGUUCAUUGAAACGCACGGUCGAUUCUGGCAAGUCUUGCUCGAUCAUUUGAACCCCGUGUAUGACAAUCUCCAGGCCAAAGAUGACGAUGAUAUUACGACCUUUGUUGAUUCUAUUUGUGAGCUAGAUCGAAAAAGGAUUCGGACAUUUGGCUCUUCCUUCAUUCGAUUUAUGGCAAUACGGAGUGCCGCUGGGCAGCAUCGACUCAUUUUCCGGAUUUCGCACGCCCAAUUUGAUGGCUUUAGUUGGGAUACUGUCCUUCGUAGUCUAUCUUCACUCUACUGCGGUGACACUCUCCCUGACCAACCGAAGUUCUCCCAAUAUAUCGCCUACAGGGAGGACAAUAAGGCAAACGCUUUCGCCUACUGGUCCUCGCGACUCGAGGACACUCGAAAUCCCAACUGGAGUGGUGUAGAUUGCUCUAAGCGUGUGUACACUACCAUGGAUCGGCUGACGAUGAAAGCGACGAUCCCAAUUCCCAAAGGCCAGUUGGUUGAGGGGAUUUCGCCCGCAACUUUAUUCCAUGCCGCUUGUGCUAUUGUAUUAUCCCGCCAAUACCAACAACCUCAUGUUGUUUUCGGUCGUCUGGUCACUGGCCGAUCGAUGCUACCGAGCAGUCUACAAAAUGUGGUCGGACCAUCUAUGACCGAGAUCCCUAUCAGCGUGCACAUUGAUGACCAUGCUACUCUUUCGGGCAUUGCAUUGCAAUUGCAACGUCAGCUCAUUGAAGAUUCUCGAUAUGAAACCGCUGGGAUGGAAGAAAUCAUCCGGAACUGCACUGACUGGCCCGAUGACGCAAAAGACUUCGGCUGGCGGACAGCUUUCCAGCAAGAAGAUGACCGUAACUUCACUUUCCUUGGGACAGAAAGUCGGAUAUCGUUCUACGAGCCGGAUCUACUACCUCGAAACCGGCCGGAAAUAUAUGCUACCCCACGGGAUGGAAAUCUGGAUCUUGAAUUCGAGGGUAAUCGCCAGUUGAUCAGUCAGGAUGAUGUUGAACGCUUUGUCCGAGGUCUGGAAACAGUGCUGAGUAACAUUUAA